AUGUGUGGAUGGCAAGAAUUUGUAUCAGACAUCUCGCUUGAAGAUGGACACAUCCUAGCUUUUGACUAUGAUGGUAAAAUAACUUUCAAGUUUAUACAUUUUGGACAUUCAUUGUGUGAACAAAAAAUUGCCCAACCAAGGAAUUCUCGAGUAAAUGCGAAAAAGUCAAAACUGAAAGACCAAGAUAAUUUUAAGUAUGAUGAAAAAGAAGGAGAAGAUGACAACGACGAUGAGGAAGAUGAUGAUGACACUUAUGAGGACAAUGGUGAUGAAAACAAAGAUGAUGAUAACAAUGAAGAAGAAGAUGAUGAACAAACUUAUGACAACAAUGAAGAAGAUGAUAAUGAAAACACUUAUGACGACAAUGAUGAUGAUAAGGAUGAAGAAGAAGAAGAAGGUGAGGAUGAAGGCGGUGAGAACGAUGAAAGGUUGAAGGAGCUUGUAGUGACAACUUCAUGCAAAACAAAUGAAAGAAAAUCCCUUAGGCUCAGCAAAAAGAAACAUGGGUCAACUACAGUCUCAAAAAAUGGAAAAGUGAUUACAAGAUCUGAUAUUAUUGUAUUGAAAAAAGAAAAAGAGUCUUCUUCUUCUGAAAUAUAUGAGUUGGAAAGUGAAGAGACUAUUUUUAAACACGGGAUUGUUAUGCGACCAAAAAAUCCAUAUUUUGUGACAAGAAUAAGAUUAAAGAGGCGAAAUCAACUGCAUAUUCCAGCUGAUCUGAUAAGACACUACGACAUCAAGCUUCCGCCGACAUUGAUGUUGUUGGAUCAAGAAGGGAGGCGAAAUUACGUUAAGGUGGCGACAUGGAAAGACGGGAGGACAUGGCUCACUAGGGGAUGGAAGUAUUUUGUGAAGAUCAACAAUUUAACCGAAAAAGACAGAUGUAUUUGUGAGUUUGUCAUUAAUAAUGGCAACGAAGAUUCUGAAGUUUACAUGAACAUGAUCGUUCUUCCUGCUGGUUCAUGGCUGCCUAAAUAG